AUGAGCUCGACAACACACGAUAUCGAACCCAACGGGGAUCUUGUUGUCGUGCUGAAGAAGCCAAACACGACCAAGGUGAUCCCUGAAGUCGCCCUUCGUUGUAAAUCCAAGCUGGGAGAAAAGGAUCCUACGUUCGCGCCCGACACCACAGACGUGAAAAGCCCUUUGAUGCCUUCUGGACUCCCCAACAAUGCAGCUAUCGCCGGAGAAUCCGAUGAGAUACGAUUUCGAGUAUCAUCUCCACAUCUGAAACUGGCUUCAGUCGUCUUCAAGAAAAUGCUCAACGGCCCCUGGAAGGAGGGCGAUUCUGCCAACUCUCAACCCGCUUCCGAGGCUGAAGACCAGAUGGAUUUGGAGGAUAGUGGUUCGUCAGAUUCUCCUGUUGGCUCUACUCCUGAUUCAUCUUCUCUCAGCCAGGCAGCUUCUGACACGCCCGGAGACUGGGAAAUAACAAUCACUGGAUGGCAUGCCCAUGCGUUGUGGAUGGUCUUGCACAUAAUUCACGGCCAGUACCGUAAGGUUCCUCACUCGGUUAGCUUGGAGUUCUUCGCCCACGUUGCUGUCAUUGCCAACUAUUAUCAAUGUAAUGAGGCGGUAUCACUCGCUGCAAAGUUUUGGUGUGCAGCGAAAAACAUGACCCCAGCACACUAUGGGAGGGAGGCCAUCAUGUGGCUAUCCGUCGCUUGGGUCUUCUCCUGGCCCAACGCGUUCUCUCGACUGGCGACCCUUGUGGUACAAGAUGGUCUAGCUCUGGCUGAUAUCACGACUGACGAUCUUCCAAUCGCUACAAUUCUUGAAAAUCUGGAAGCCAAAAGAAAGAGCUCAAUUGUCCGCUUCAUCAACGCACUGGCCGAACUGGAACAAAAGUUGACACAUGGCAAGCUGGGCUGUAACGAGAAAUGCAGAUCAAUGAUGAUUGGGUCAUUGAUCCUAGAGAAGCAGAAGUAUCCCGAUUUGAUACUCAAGAAGGAAAUUGACUGCAGAAGAGUGUCUCUGUCCGGACUCAUUACCGCGGUAAACGCAUUUAGUUCAAUCGAGUGGAUCGACCCAGCUUCGCGUUCUCGCCCUCAUCAAUGCAACCCAACGAAGUUCAUGGAACCAAUCAUCAAGUCGGUUCAAGAUGAUGCAAAACUACUCAAGCUCUCAGAUUUUAAGAAUUAG